GGCGGCCUAGCUCUGGAGGCUGUUGCUGACGCGCAGAAGGCCGCCUGGCGGGGUCGGGCGGGUAGUGCGGGGCGCUGGAUCGACGAGGGGCUGUGGUCGCUCAGCCGGCACCCCAACUACUGCGGGGAGAUGAUGCUGUGGUGCGGCAUCUACCUGCUGUGCGCCCCCGGCCUGCCCUCCACCUCCCUCCGCCUCGCCGCCGCCGCCAGCCCGCUCACCGUCUUCCUGCUGCUGCGCUUCCUCAGCGGCGUGCCCCCCCUGGAGGCGGCGGCGGAGGCGCGCUGGGGCGGCCUGCAGGAGUACCGCGAAUACAAGGAGCGCACGCGCCUGCUGCUGCCGCUGCCCGGGUGGGGCGGCGGGCAGCAGGCGCACAGGAGCUAGGGGGCGGGGAGGGUGGGUGGGUUUUAUGGUUGUUUGCUGUGGAGAGCGGAUAGGCGGGGGAGCGGACUGCUGGUACCGGUAGGAGCGUGUUGGAAGGAUCGAUACAGGGAGACGGGUGUGCGGUGUUGGUGACCGAUGGUUAAACUGCACAACCACUCGCAGCUCCAAUAUGUGAACCGGUGAUAUGCGCGUAGAGGUGAUGCGCUUUAUAACGUGUCAUGAACUUAGGAUCCAAUGAGCGAAUGUGCCGUAGGCUGCCGUAUCACGUUGCUAUGCUGCCGUAUCACGGCUAUGUGCGGCUGGUCAGUCGUACCUUGUGCGGAAUUGAGUUGCUGCUGAGAGCGAGUCCAGGUGGGCGUAGGUUGUUUUAACAUAGGUCCUAAAAAGCCUCUCGAGGUGUCGUGAGGUGCUACAGAUGUGGAGGCGAUGCGGGUGAGUGAUUGAGACGGGAAUGGGAGGGAGUGGGGAGGUGGCCGCUGGGAGGGAGUGAGGGCUAGUCCGGAGUGCGUGUCAUACGGCACCUCAGUCGCGCAGGUGCCAGUUGGAGACAUGGCUCCCUUGCUGCCGCGGGUUGGCGAGGUUGGGGCACAGCUGCUUGCCGGCAGGCUAGACGGCCCUUGGGGGCUUUGUCCGUAGUCAGUGCAGCUGCAACUUUGUUUAAUGGGCCUUAUGCGGUUUGUACCUGCGGUUUGUUGGCAGGUACAACUGUAGCUUGCCACGGUGUGGGAGCGAUGUUGGAGGGAGCACAACGGUCGACAUGGGAAUGCGUUCUGCGCUCCUUGGAUUAGUACAAGUGUGCUUCGCAACAGUGCACGUCACCCUAAGAAGCCUGCAAUGACGACGGGUUGGAUGUCGAUUUGUAAACCUUAAGCAAUUG